UUUACUUCCUGUGCAGCUGUUGCUGGACACGGCCAGAGCACUGAGAGAUAUCAGGUAUUGAUGUAACUGGAGUGAAUAAAGGAACCUUCUUCAUGAGCACAGACAUUGGAGCCUGUUAUCAGCAUGAACUCAUAUGGGUUAGACAAACACGUGAAAAAUGAAUCUGCGUUCUUCACUACAGGAAGCAUCACAAUUAUACCACAGACUCCAACAUUUUUAGACACUAAUGACUAUUCACAAACAUUUGGGAAAUCACAGCAGAUAUUUAAAGAAGAUGAUGAAUUGUCAAGAACUGGGCAGCAAUCAUUAUGUACAGAGAGUAAUUUAGUCAUCAAACAAGAGGACAAGAUUUAUGCCUUAUCUAGUGAAAUGAUUAUCCCAGAGGAUAAACCACAAACAUUUACCAAGCUUUCAAAAAAAUUUAAAGAAGAGAAAAGUCUACAGUCUAACCAAAUGAUUCAUACAAAGGAGAAACCUUUCAAAUGUACAGAAUGUGAGAAAAGCUUUAGAUGGAAGUCUCAUCUCCUAGAACACCACAAAAUUCACACAGGUGAGAAGCCAAACACAUAUCCUGAGUGUGGAAAAUGUUUUACACAAAUGACAAAACUUAUAGCUGAUAAAAGGACCCACACAGGGGAGAAACCAUUUAGCUGUACAGAGUGUGAAAAAAGUUUUACAGAAAAGAGUAGUUUGAAAAAACAUGAAAAGAAUCACACAGGAGAAAAGUUUUUCACAUGUACAGAGUGUGGAAAUAGUUUUACACAAAAGAGUGAUCUGAAAAAGCAUGAAAGGAUUCACACAGAAGAAAAGCUGUUCACAUGUACAGAGUGUGGAAAUAGUUUUACACAAAAGAGUGAUCUGAAAAAGCAUGAAAAUAUUCACACAGAAGAAAAGCUGUUCACAUGUACAGAGUGUGGAAAAAGUUUUACACGAAAGAGUAGUCUGAAAAAACAUGAAAGGAUUCAUACAGGAGAAAUGCCUUUCACAUGUACAGAGUGUGGAAAAAGUUUUACAUAUAUGAGUAAUCUGAAAACUCAUGAAAGGAGUCACACAGGGAAAAAGCCUUUCACAUGUACAGAGUGUGGAAAAAGUUUUACAUAUAUGAGUAAUCUGAAAACUCAUGAGAGGAUUCACACAGGAGAAAAGCCUUUCACAUGUACAGAGUGUGGAAAUAGUUUUACACAAAUAAAUAGUCUGAAAACUCAUGAAAGGAGUCACACAGGAGAAAAGCCUUUCACAUGUACAGAGUGUGGAAAAAGUUUUACACAAAUAAGUAGUCUUAAAUAUCAUGAAAUGAAUCACACAGGAGUAAAGCCUUUCAAAUGUACAGAGUGUGGAAAAUGUUUUACACAAAUAAGUAGUCUUAAAUAUCAUGAAAUGAAUCACACAGGAGAAAAGCCUUUCACAUGUACAGAGUGUGGAAAACGUUUUACACAUAUGAGUUCUCUAAAAAAUCAUGAAAUGAUUCACACAGGAGAAAAGCCUUUCACAUGUACAGAGUGUGGAAAAAGUUUUACACAAAAGUAUCAUCUGAAAAAACAUGAAAGGAUUCACACAGGAGAAAAGAUGUUCACAUGUACAGAGUGUGGAAAUAGUUUUACACAAAAGAGUGAUCUGAAAAAACAUGAAAGGAUUCACACAGGAGAAAAGCCUUUCACAUGUACAGAGUGUGGAAAAAGUUUUACACAAAUAAAUAGUCUGAAAUAUCAUGAAAGGUGUCACACAGGAGAAAAGAUGUUCACAUGUACAGAGUGUGGAAAAAGUUUUACACAAAAGAGUGAUCUGAAAAAGCAUGAAAAUAUUCACACGGGAGAAAAGCCUUUCACAUGUACAGAGUGUGGAAAAUCCUUUUCGGCGUCAAGUGAUCUGAAAAAGCAUGAAAAUAUUCACACGGGAGAAAAGCCUUUCACAUGUACAAAGUGUGGAGAAUGUUUUACUGAAAAGAGUCAUCUGAAAAAACAUGAAAGGAGUCACACAGGAGAAAAACCUUUCACAUGUACAGAGUGUGGAAAAAGUUUUACAUAUAUGAGUAAACUGAAAACUCAUGAAAGGAGUCACACAGGGAAAAAGCCUUUCACAUGUACAGAGUGUGGAAUUUUUUUUACAGAAAAGAGUAAUCUGAAAACUCAUGAGAGGAUUCACACAGGAGAAAAGCCUUUCACGUGUACAGAGUGUGGAAAAUGUUUUACAUUUAUGAGUAAUCUGAAAACUCAUGAAAGGAGUCACACAGGAGAAAAGCCUUUCAUAUGUACAGAGUGUGGAAAUAGUUUUACAUAUAUAACUAAUCUGAAAUCUCAUGAAAUGAUUCACACAGGAGAAAAGCCUUUCACAUGUACAGAGUGUGGCAAAAGUUUUACACAAAGAAGUAGUCUGAAAUAUCAUGAAAGGAUUCACACAGGAGAAAAGCCUUUCAAAUGUACAGAAUGUGGCAAAAGUUUUACACAAAUAAGUAGUCUGAAAACUCAUGAAAGUAUUCACACAGGAGAAAAGCCUUUCACAUGUACAGAAUGUGGAAAAAGUUUUACAGAUAUGAGUUAUCUAAAAACUCAUGAAAGGAUUCACACAGGAGAAAAGCCUUUCACAUGUUCAGAGUGUGGAAAAAGUUUUACUGAAAGGAGUAAUCUGAAAAAACAUAAAAGGAUUCACACAGGAGAAAAGCCUUUCACAUGUACAGAGUGUGGAAAUAGUUUUACACAAAAGAGUGAUCUGAAAAAGCAUAAAAGGAUUCACACAGGAGAAAAGCCUUUCACAUGUACAGAGUGUGGAAAAAGUUUUACACAAAUAACUAGUCUGAAGUAUCAUGAAAGGAGUCACACAGGAGAAAAGCCUUUCAAAUGUACUGAGUGUGGAAAAUGUUUUACACAAAUAAGUAGUCUGAAAUAUCAUGAAAGGAAUCACACAGGAGAAAAGCCGUUCACAUGUACAGAGUGUGGAAAAUGUUUUGCAUAUAUGAGUAAUCUCAAAUCUCAUGAAAGGAGUCACACAGGAGAAAAGCCGUUCACAUGUACAGAGCAGUGAUGUGCAGUGAGGUCAGAGGUGGGUGAGGCACUGGCAUGAUACGCCCAAGAAACACACGCGCAUUGUCAAGGUAUAUGUGAGGUUAAUAAAUAUAUAUUUUAAUCAUAUAUUUCAAGAUUAAUAAAUCUGUAUCUUUGAUCAGAUAUUUCACUGAUCAGUAGAAAAUAACUCAUUGCAUUCAGAAGAACUGACUUCAGACAGGUUUAGUUCUCCCCCACUUCUUCAAUUGCACAGGAGACUCAUAGAGAUUACUUUGAAGGAGACAUUCCUGGCUAAAAUGAGAACAAUAGAACAUUUGUUUUAAUUAAAAUAUAACACAGUUUCAGAAACCAUCUGUAUGAUUGCCUGGGAACCAAUGUUAAAUGACAGCAUUCUGAUACCUAGAACAGGAUACAUGCCCAUAUAUGGGUUUCCUACAAGGGAGAUGCCGAUCCGUCUGAAGAGAUGUGAAAGAUGCAAACAUUCUUCAAAAGGGACUGAUAAUUAGCACAGAUUUGUUUGAGUGGCUCAUGCUGUGUGGUUACUAACCCUGGAAUAUACAAGAUGUGGUGAAUAAGAGACAUUGUGUCUAGGGGAGGACAGCAUACAGUGAAGGCACAUGGCUUACAUUAUGAUUUCAAAACAACUGUAUAUAUUUUAAUGGAUAUGAGAUAUAUAUAUAUAUAUGUAUGUGUGUGUGUGUAUAUAUAUAUAUAUAUAUAUGUAUAUUUUGAAAGCAUGAAUAUCUUAACCUCUGUUUUUAAGAAUAUAAAUAUUUGUGGACCUGGAAAGAAAUAAUUAAUGACACUUAUUUUUAUUUCAGAUCUAUUCAGACAAGAUUCAGAUAUCCAGGAAGAAAUGCACAGAAAUAUGAAACAUGCUGUAUAUGCAUGAAUACCAUAUUAGAUGUAUAAAUCAUACUAAUCAUACUAGAACCCAUAUAGUAAAAUCAUACGACGAACUAAAAGAGGAGUAUCAGUUAAAGAAUACAGAUUUCUUUGCUUACCUACAAGUUAGGCAUUUUCACAACGAGUUACAAGCUAAUUACGGCGAUGAUUGGUCAUUAGGAGGGUUAGACGAUAUUAUUAAGGGACUUGCACAAAAGAAAUAUGCAAUUAGUUUGAUCUAUAAUUUUAUAAUGAAUUAUAAAAUAGACACACAUUUACAGUCCCUCCAAGGGAAAUGGAGGAAAUUGCGGGUUACAGUGACAAAGGAAGAACUAGUAGAUAGUCUACACACUGUAAUCAGGACUACCAAGGUUACUACCUGGAGAGAAUCACACUUUAAAGUAAUUAAUCAAUUGUAUAUUACACCGAGUAAAAUAGCAAGAUGGUAUAGGAAUAUGGAUAUAGUAUGCUAUAAAUGUGGAGCUAAAGAAGCAGAUCUAGAGCAUUGCCUUUAUUUAUGUCCAAAAGUUCAACAGUUUUGGCAGCAAGUACAAUACUGGCUAAAUAAAUGGUUAAACCCAAAAGUGCAAAUAAACAGUAAAAUGGUUAUGUUUUUAUAUCAGAUGACAGAUUGGCGAGAGAAUGCAAGUCUUAUUAACACAGCAAUUCUACAAGGUAGAGUACUGAUUCUAGGAAAGUGGAAAGAUUCAAAAGUUCCCAGUAUUAAACAAUUUGUGAAGGGGAUGCAAAAUCAGAUAAUCUUGGAACAAUAUGACAUUCAAUCUGGUGCUAAGAAACAUAUAAAAAGGUUUUUUUACAAAUGGCUGAGUAUAAUAGAAGCUGAGUCGAUAGAUGUUCAACUUCAAAUUAUUAAACCUUUAAUUAAAUCAAAGAUAGUGAAAAAUAUGAUCUAUAAGGGAGAAUUACCGAGUUCCUGGAGCAAUAGGCCGUAGAACGCUAGCCUCCCCCCUUUCCUUCUAGUUACUUAUCUGCUUUCCACGCCCUCCUACUUCUACUCCCUCCCCCUCUGAGCGCAUUAGACGUUAAGCCCUACAAGUUUUGGUAUCAGUACCCUCCCGGGUUGAGUUUUGAAUGGUCGAUAUGGUACCCUUCCUCUGUUCAUAGGGAACUUAUUUACCUUCAGCUGCGUUGCUGUUUCAACGAAAUGUGACCUAUGGUUUUCGCUGAUUGUUAUGAUUAUUCGUAUAAUCUCAGCAGAUGUUUAUGUUUGAGUUAUGUUUUUUUUUUCUUUUUCUUUUUCUAUUAAUAUAUGUUGUGGUAAUUGAUGAGGCCAAGUAAAGAGGGCCUCCAGAGAAAGACGUACAUUUUGUUUAUGGUAGGGGGCAAAGGAAGCAUAUAUAUUUUCUUUUUAUAUAAGAAGCUGUAUUCACAUCUGCUUUGAGAAAAUGAUUUUUGACCCCCCGAUGCAGUUGAUGUACUGGAUGUAUUUGAAUGUACUUAAAUCUACUUAAAUGCAUUUCAAUUUAUGUAUACUUAUGAAAAUAUAUAAAUCAAUAAAAAGAUACUUAAAAAAAAAAAAA